AUGACCGCGGCGGUGAUCUGUCAGAUCAUUCAUCAUUAUUUCCCUGCCUCCCCCGCCCCCGCAUCUUCACCCUCCAUGAGUCAUGUUUCAACCUUCUUCCAAUGGAACGCCCUUCCCGUGGAGAUCUCUCUCAUGAUCCUUGGGCUGCUGGAUCCCUACGACAUUCUCGCUUGUCGUAUGGCUUCGAGAUCGAUGUGGAUGCUAAGCAAUCAACUUAGCUUAUGGACUGAAUGCUUGCGCAACCUCGACGGUCAUGGAUUCUACCCACAUUCCUCCGAAAGUCCAUCUCUUUCCGAGCUCGAACGCACCGCAACGGCAGGCCAAAGAUUUACCCGCCGAUUCCAGCGACACAUCUCACACGAUCAUUUUGGUCCCUUCCCUGCACUCAAGCGAUUGUACAUCGAGCCUGCUGAUCCCGAGGAGGAGCUCGAACAUCUGCGGAUGGUGCCCGGCGGGAGGUUUCUGUUAACCACUCAUGAUUGCAUCGUCCGGCUGUGGGAUCUGACGAAGCCCUCAUCUGGACCGGUCUCGAGCUUAGAGAUCGAGCCUGCGAGCUUUUUGAUUUCCGUUUGGGUGAGGCUCUCUCCGCCUCCGAAUCACGAUCCUUUAGUCAUCGUUGCGAGCCAAGAGGCAGACUUGUUCCACAUUCAUAUAUUAACGAUCAAGCCCGAAGGACAGUUGGUUGUAGAGCACCCAAUUCUUGCGCUGUCCAUCCCGACCUCGGAAUUUGCGUGGAUAAUCUGUGCGACUGCGAGACUCGUCGCGAUCCAACUGGGGCACAAGCUUAUUGUGUGGGACAACCAACGAGAUUUGUGGAUGAGCUGGGAUUUGAGCAGCCUCCAAGUCCCGAAGACUUCCCAACGGACGGCUUAUGUGUUCGAUGGGAAUAUCGCAAUAUUUAAUCCCGACGAGAGCGAACUCACCAUAUCUCGGAUUCCGUCCCUUGAGCCACGCGCUUCGACUGCGACUCAUCCUCCGCUGUUGAAGGUAGCACCUGAUAUCUUGCAGCGAUACACUCUCUAUCGCUUCAAUUCCCUGCAGCGGCUCACAAAUUCUCCAUUUGCGGGCGUUACACUUGUUUUCCACAGCCCGGAAACCAGCACACGGGAGCGCCCGGUCCGGGUCGACGUCGUCAGCUCUGACGAGAACGAAAAUGUGAUCUUGUCUUAUUUUGUGUUGAUAGCAGAGACCGAUGGCAGCCACCCGAAACUCGUUGCUGUCGGAGAAAGUCAGCUGGCUGCAUGGUUCGAUCUGUGCCACUCCUUUCACCUGGAAUGGAUAUCCUGCGAUACGGUCCAAUGUUUCAUCAUUGAAAGCACAGUGCUUCACGUCGUCAUCUCACAAGUGUCCUUCCCUGACGACUCACUCCUUCAUCGAUCGUACCAUUCCGUCGCAGGGGUCCUGGGCACAGCCGGUUCCAUCUUGGCCGGAGAUGCAAACGUUGACUUUUGUUCUUUGUCUGGUCGCAUUUGCGCUCGAACGAAAGUCGCGGAGGGCGAGGGAUAUAGAGUUGCGGUCUUGGACUAUGUUCUAUCGGACGGACGGAAGGCAGCAAUUUCAUUUUGGGCGAAACAUAUCCUAGAUCUACUUACUCAGGUGAAAUGCACGGCUCUUCCAAAUGUUCACGCGUGGAUUCAGCGGGAGCCGCCAGGAAUGGUUCCCAUCGCGAAGUCAGAUUCUACGGAACAAUCAGCAGGCUCUUGUGCUGGUGAGAAACUCGUUGCGUGA